AUGGGUCUUUUGUCUUCCACAGAAGAAGAAGAUUCUACUCCGCGUUCUUUACAACUCAGCAAUCUAGAGCAUCGCAUUCCAAUGCCUCGCUCAUUGACUUCCGUCUCCAACCUGGAAAUCCGCGACCUGAAUCGCGACCAGGUCCGCUUUUACCACCCGGGUUAUUUAAAGCCGUUGAACCUCCUCUUCUGUCUGCCGCGCGUUGAUUAUGAGCCUUUGAGAGGGGCUUGGGGUGUUCAUUUCAAGACUGCUCUCACAGCGUGCCAAAUCAUUGCGAAUAAUGCUUUUGGGAGUGGACGCUUGGCGAGGGAUGCUGAGGGCAAGGAUGUUGUUUCGGACGAUGAUCAGAUUUUGCUGAACAGGGAUUAUUGGUUCUUUGUGGAUGGUGAAGAACGAUAUCCAAUUGUUCCAAGCUUUAGAGAUUGGAAAUUUCCUCACGAUGAAUUGCCGGAUUGGUGGUCUCCCCCUGCUUGCGCAACCACCCUCCACAGCAAGCGAUGCGCCGUCACAAACACCAGCUACGCAUUUACAUGGGCGCAUUUAAUUCCCCGCGAGGAACAGCAGUGGUUUAACAAGAAUGGCAUGGGUCUUUACGGUGGAGGGUCACAUACAAUCGACGACCCGCACAACAUUCUUCCACUAAAGGCUGAUCUCUACGUCUGCUUUGACCAAAGUGUUUUUGCACUCAUUCCCAAAAUCGCAAGAUCACCUGACGGAAGAGAAAGUUCGCCUCAAUAUGUUCUUCACGUUCUUGACGGUCGAGAAGCGGAAUUCACAGCACUCUAUCAAAAUCGCCCCGUCGAAACACUCGCCGAGGGAAGUCGCGAAUAUCUUUUCGCACGCUUCGCAUGGUCUAUCUUCUCAUUCCUCAAACCCUUCCUCACAUCCGGUGUCGGUCGUCGCGUAGUACGCUACCGUGUCCGCGCCGCGGACGAAGACGCCGAAGAAGAACAUCUCGUUUCAGAAAUGCAAAACAUUUUCCUCGAUUCGCGAAAGCUGGAUCAGCUGUACGGUGGCAAUGGACGAAGACGGGCGCCUUCUUUGGAGGGGAGUUAUGUGGAUGUUGAGGAUGAGUGGGAUGAGGAGAAUGCGGGUCGGACGUUGGAGAUGGAGGCUUGA